GCGCUGCAGCCGGGCCAGGCCGCUGCUGUGCGCCGUGUGAGCUGCUCGAGGACCCGUUCGAGGACCCGGUGGAGGAUCAGACAGAAUAACAACACAGCAGAGGAACCAUUAAACGGUCCGGAGGAGAAACCGGCUGCGAUUGUCCCUGGAGUUUAGUGUCGGACCCCCGGGAGGGAGAAGCGAAACCACCUCGUACCUGUGAGACUUGUUCUGGAGCGCAGACCCCCGGGCGGAGCUCUGCUGGAGCCGUACUCCCUGGUAGCUAGCCGGCUAACAUGCAGCGUUAGUGCCUCAAUUUGCACAAAACACUGGGAUUGAUCGCGCCGGAGUGGUGCGUGGACAUCCACUCCCCCCCCGUCACCCCUCUACCCGCAUGCAGGUGAGGUCACGCCGGCCGCUUCGUCCCGCAGAACCAGCCGGUUAGCUCGCUAGCUCGAAGGAAGGAGCGACCCGUCGGCGCAGCGGCGAGCCGGCGACCCCGCGCGUUCGCUCGGCGUGAGCACCAGCGCCAUGCCGCGGCUUGAAAGCGGCCUGUCCGCGGAGCUAACCCCGGCGAGCUAACGCUAGCUGGGCACGACAGGCCGCCUCAGAUGGUCGCUACCACCACACAGUCGGCUAAUUCGACAAGUCCCAGCCCCGCACCGGGGAAGCACCUGGAGCUUCGCCUCAUGUCCCUGCUCUGAUUAACGUGAGAGGCAAGAAACGCCGGUAAAGGGUUCACGUAGCCCGCUGGCCAUUAGCGCCUGGGCUGCUGGUUGUUUACAGUGUGCUAGCUUGUUUAUCUCUGCCGGGGACAGUUAGCAUGCGAGCGGGGAAAGAGGUUUAAUUCCUCGGGCUGAGGUUCGUGUUUUAUAAUAAUUAACCACUUCAAUACGAACAACAUCAGCCCCGUGCUCGGGUCGGACGGGACCGGAGCCAACACCGGACCGAGGUGCUGCUGCUGCGGCGUGAAGGAGAGUAUUUAGUUUGGCCCAAUCCACACAUGUGUCAACAAACCGUCUGAGGUCUGUGGUUUCAUUUCACUGAACAUCUCCCGGUGCUCCGAGCUCCAGUGGAGCAGCCUCACCCCGGAAGGCUGGGCUGUUGUUCUCCCGGAGCACAACGAGACAUAUCAGCCAUUCAUUCAUGAUUGAUGAUCUCUGAGGAGACUGUCCUUUACCCGUGUCCCAGCCCUGCGCCAAGCCACUAUCAGUCUGUGCUGUUUACCUCUGAACCACUCAUGUAACCUGGCACAGAAAGGCCACGGGACCUUUGUUUGACUUUGUGGAUGUGAGUCUUUCUCGUUACACUCCCCACUGACACCUCACUGGAGCCACUGGAGGUUGGAUGGGAACAUGAGGAGCACGCCGUCUGAUCAGGACCGGCUUCCGAGCAGCUCGAAGAUCUGAUCGGAGCACCACAGAGAGCCCGAUUGUGUGGACUGAGAACUGCAGGAGAGAACGAGAUGGGGAUGAGAGAGGCCCAGUGACAGCGCUGACCCCCCCCCCACCAGGAAGCAGAGGAGUGUCACAAGGCGGCAGACAUGAGUCUCCGCCAACCCACCUCCACGCUGGACAGCCCCUUUGCUGCUUGGCUCAGCAGUCUGACCAUCGGGGACUCGGAGCGCAAAUCCUCUGCCACUCAGCAGAGGGAGCCACCACCUGACAUCCCGCUGGAGACCACAGGUCCUGGUCUUGUCCAGAGAUGUGUGGUCGUGCAGAAGGACCAGCUCGGUUUCGGCUUUACAGUGUGUGGAGAGAGAGUCAAGCUCGUGCAGAAUGUCCGACCAGGGGGCGCAGCGGUCAAGGCCGGAGUCCAAGAAGGGGAUCGUAUCAUAAAGGUGAACGGCUCGUUGGUGUCGUCCAUGUCCCAUCAGGAGGUGGUGAAGCUCAUCAAAUCUGGGCCGUAUGUAGCUCUGACACUACAAGGACCUCCGCCAUCAGCUGCCUCCUUGCCCUUGGAGCCCCUCCACACUGACCUCACCCCCAAUCACAGAACGUCUCUAGGCGGGGAGGCUCCCCCCCCUCCACCUCCGCCCCUGCCCUCUGGACUGAGCAGCAACCCUUCCCAAAGAAUCACUGGACCCAAACCACUACAGGACCCAGAAGUACAAAAACACGCCACUCAGAUACUCAGGAAAAUGCUGGAGCAGGAAGAAGCUGAACUGCAGGACUUGAUGGAGGAGCACUCGAGGAGCCCGUCUGCGGCACUGGAGGAGCGGAUUGAGAGUGCCAAGAGGAGAGCUCACCAAGUCAGGGUCAAGAUCCAGCAAGAUGUGGAGGGAACACGAUCGGAAUCUAUCGCGAGUUAUGUCAUAGCAGGAGAAGGUCGACAAUCAGUGGACGUGAGCGAAGGAGACGUGGAGGCCUUUGAGAGUCCCCACUCCUCCCCCUCAUCCUCCUUCAGGACCCCCCUCCACCGACGACAGAGCUCCGACACUCACACCCUCUCUGAUUCGGGUGGAAAGGCCCAGAUCAUCGGCCCUGAGGAAGAGGAUGAAGAAGAUGAUGGCUAUGCAUUUAAUGAGAUGGACGGUCCAUUCCAGGACAUUGAGUUGUUGAAAUCUCGACCAGCUCACAUGACAGUGUUCAUGAGAUACGUCUUCACCCAGCUGCUGGACCCCAACCCACUGCUGUUUUACCUGUCGGUGGAGGCCUACCUGGGCUCCAGUCCUAAAGAUGCCCGCGCACUUGCACCUCAGAUCUGCUCCCAUUUCCUGGACCCGGACGCUCCGCUGAAAAUCAAAGUACGGGAGGAGUUUCUCACAGAUAUCGAGAGUCGGCUACAUGCUCAGGAGGACAUCAGAGGACCUCUGUCCGAGCUGCAGCAGCUGGUGCUGCCUGACAUUCAGGACCAGAUACAGGACUACAGGAACAAGCAGAUGAUGGGUCUUGGCUCGCUGUUUGGAGAAGGAGACCUGCAGCACCUGGACGGAGACCCCGCCAAAGAGAGACAGGUGGUGGACAGACAGGUCACCGCCCUCUGGGAGAUACUAUCGAAGCACGAAGAAGACAGAAGUUCUCCUCUGGCAUCAGCGGUCCUCCUCUACCUGCGUCACUCUGGUAUCAAGCUAAGAGACUCCAAGGUGUUCCCGGGUCUGAGUACAGAGAAGGAGAAGUGGCUCGCCUUCUUGAAGACGAAAAAGCUGAGUGGAACCAAGAAGGAAAAAGAAAAAGAUGGAGAGGAUAAGAAGAGAAAUCCCAUCCUGAAGUACAUCGGCAAACCCCGCUCCACAUCCCAGUCCACAUUCCAUGUCCCGUUGUCACCCAAUGAAGUCCGUCCUGGCAGUGUGAGGAACAUCAUUCAGCAGUUUGAGAAUCACACGGAGACGACAGGAGAGGAGGGAGGUGACGCUGCUGACACCCCAAGGCUCUCCUCCAGCAGCCUGGGAGAAGACAGCAUGGACAGCAGCCCGACGGUCUCAGUGCGUCUGGCACGCAGCGAGUCGCUGAAGGCUCAGGGAGAAGGCCGUCGGCGGGGUGUUGCCUCUGCAACAGAGUCGGUCCCCCGCUCACGUAGCGAUGUGGACAUGGAGGACUGUGGAGAGGAGCGGGAGGGGCCGGGCCUCAGGCCGCUGCAGCACAGCGCCUCGUCAUCUGCGUCCAGCAGCUCUGCACGGUCUCUAGAGAACCCUACACCCCCAUACACCCCUCGGUCUAGACGCAGGAGCGUGGACUCACCACUGGCCCUGCUACCGGACGCCGCGGCGUUGGAAGAGGAGGUGUGUGACGGUCAGAACUGGCAGGACACGGUGUCUCCUCAGCUCCUCGCCAGGCUCAGCCCAAAGGAAGUGGACAGACAGGCUGUUAUAUAUGAGCUGUUCACCACAGAGGCGUCCCACCUGCGGACCUUGAGGGUCCUGGACCAGGUCUUUUUCCAGAAGAUGAGGUCUGUCCUGAACUCUGAUGAGCUGGCCUGCAUCUUCCCCAACCUGCCUCAGGUCUACGAGCUCCACGCAAGUCUGUGCGAGGCGAUGAAGAAGCGAAGAGAAGCUCCCAUCGUUCAGGACAUCGGGGACGUCAUGCUGGCCAGGUUUGAAGGUGCGGCUGGAGACGAGUUCCAGGAGCAGGCGUCGCAGCUGUGCAGUCAGCAGUCUCAGGCUGUGGAGCUCAUCAAGAACAAGAAGCGCAAAGACCCUCGCUUCGCUCACAUCAUCCAGGAGUGUGAGGCGAGUCCACACUGUCGGAGGCUGCAGCUCAAAGACCUGCUGGUUUCAGAGAUGCAGAGAAUCACCAAGUACCCUCUGCUGCUGGACAACAUCAUGAAACACACCGAGGCCGGUUCUUCAGACCUCCCCUCACUACAGCGUGCCCAGGCUUGUUGCCGAGGAAUACUGCAGGUCGUCAAUGAGGUCGUCGGGGAAACCGAACACAGGCAACGUCUCAGCCAAUACCAACGCAGACUGGACGCUGCCCCUCAAUUCAAGAGUUUGGACCUGACCACAAAGAGAAUGAUCCAUGAAGGUCCUCUCACCUGGAAAGUGAGCAAAGAUAAGCAGAUAGAGAUCCAAGCGCUGCUGCUGUCAGACUGCCUGGUCCUUCUGCAGAGGGGCCCAGACGACCGGCUGCAGCUGCGAUAUCCAUCCCGCUGGCUGGGUGGGGGCAGCGUCGGAGGCAGCGGAGACAGCAAGACGUCCUUCAGCCCCGUGGUGAAGCUGGACUCGCUGCUGGUCCGCCCAGUAGCCACAGACAACAAAGCGCUCUACAUCAUCAGCACCACCGAGCGGCAGAUCUACGAGCUGGUGGCUGGGACGUCAUCAGAGAAAAACACAUGGAAAGAUUUACUUGAAAAGACUGUCUCAUCGGCCGAUGGCUCGUCACCUCUGAUCAAUCAUGGGUGUAUUCCGAUACCUUCUCCCAGUACACGCAGUGCAUCCCCAGUUUCAACCAGCAGCAAUGUCUAUGCAGACAACUCAUUGACGGAGCAGUCCGUUUCCAUGGAGACUCAUUCCUCCAAUGACAUGGCGCUCUCUGACAACACACCCAUGGACCAAUCGGGAGCUUUCAUCUGUGGUGAAAGACGAACAGUUUGUGUGGCCGAGGCCGCUUUACAGGACGUUGAAACACUGCGGCGGCUCAUAAUAAGAGACCUCGAGGAGGAUGGAUGGAGCCAUGACUCGGAUGACACACCCACCAACGAGACGGCCAAUGAGGGGAGCUCACUCAGUGAAAGGCAGCGACCGGAAUCUUUGGAGACCAUCCUGAACUUCAGCACCAGCGACUGGGAGGCCGAACCUGAAGAGGUUCCACCCUCAGACGCUGACCCGCCCUGCGUCCAGGUCGUACGGACAGCUGUGGUUGCGGGUCCUCCCCCUUCUUCUUCUUCUGUCCCUGAUGGCAUCACUGAUGAUGUCGCCCUCCCUUCCGACCAAUCGUCCAAGCUGAGAGGCGAAGCUUCUACGCAGGGGAACACUUUCUACUUGGUCAUGCCGACAGAGCUGGGAGAGAGCGUCUCCGACGACCUCAUCGACCCCCCCGCCGCCUGCCACUUCCCUCAGCCUCGGGAGGAGGUGACGUCACCGCAGAUGCAGCCGGAGGAGGAGGAAGCGCCAGCCUGUGGUCCGGAGCCCAACCAAUCGGAGGCUACGCGACAGGAACAGGAAGACGAAACGGGUCCAUCGCAGGCCGGGCACCAGAGUAACGUGAUCAAAAACGUGGACGAGAUUUUCCACACGAUCGAGGGGUUAAUGAGCAAGUUGCGUCACCUGAAGGAAAUAGAAAAGGAUCAUCACAAGCUUUUGAAAACCAUCACUGAGCUGUCUGUCAAUCAGGAGUCAGAGGACCAGCAGUGUCACUCGGCAACUGUCUCCAGGACGCCAUCGCUGGAUCGCGGCUCGGGAGACGUAAAAGAAGUUAGUGCUGCAGAACCCAAGAUUCAGUCGACUGGAUUCUGACGUCCCUCCAGAGCGGAUCUACUUGCAGUCAUUCACUUUGGAUUGAUGGCAUACGGACUCAACCAUAAGGACCUGCUGUCAGACUCGGCCACCCUCGCCCCCAUCUACCCUUUGCCCCUCGUCCUUGCAUGCACCGACCAGUGGAGCAGAGCCGAAGAAGCACCGCAGCCACCGCUUUAGUUUUUCUGGUUCCCACGGACGCCGAGAAGCCGGUCGGACUCGUCAGGAUUUCUGAGGAUCCGUGUGACCGUUUGUCUUCUACCAGAGCAGGAGGGAGACGAGGGGCAAGUGAGGAACACGUAUGAAAGGAUUUUUUUUUAAAAGGCAGAAGACAAGUUGACGAGUGAGGAGAAAAGUAAAAGUCGGAGGAACUGAAAGUUGGAUAUUCGUGAAGGAAGAUGAGUUUGCGUGUCGUGCUUUCAAAGAGCUGGUUGAAGGAACGGAGCAGAAAAGUGUUGAAAUGUUUAAUUUAAGGAAAAAUCCAAGGGACCAUCAUCCCAGCACUUUACCCACAAUCCAUCCCUCUGUCAUGGACAUCCUCUACAGUGGACAGAUCAGGGACUGGACACACCUUGGGCUGCAUACACUUAAGCAAAGAGGACCCCCCCCCCUGUUCCACUGGUUGCUUUACACUGAGUUCACCUGCCACGAUGGCUGAGGACUGUGUCUAUAUAAUUCAGGUUAUUUGCACUGGGUAAGGAAACCGAUAUCACAUACACACAGAGCGAUGUUUCACCAUUUCACUCAUUUCAGACGUUCAUAUUCCUCCUGAGAAACAAUAGAGUUAUUAUCCGUGGGAUCAGUUGCAGCUCUGCUGUUAUUUCCUAAGUCAACAUGUUGAUUGUUCGAGUUUCAGCUCUGGAAACACUACUGCGCUGUUUACUACUGAAAUGCUGGCAGGUUUUAUUUUCGGCGCUGCUUCAGAGGCGCACAGGGAUCUCAGUUACUAACACAACAAGCUCAGCGGAGUCACGCAGCUGUUCCCACCACAUGAAGAAGUGGACGGGGAACGUUUGGGAGACUUGGGGCUAGAUUUAACGACGGGUUUAAUGUUGACGGCGAGCGAAAGGAAACAGGGCGAACACAGAUUCAAACUCAGAAACUUGAACUUUCAGUGAAAACCUGUUCAUCCUAUCCAACACAUAACAAUUGCUGCCAAAUAUUGCCGCCAACAUUGCCUGUCUACAUUUUCACUGUGCAUCCUUUAGUCCUCUCCAGUGUAUUAAGUGUGUGUCUGUGAGUGUGUGUGUGUGUGUGUGUGUGUGUGAAUGCCACAGUAAAUACCAGCAUCUUCUCCCCAAUCCACUGGUCUCACCACACAGUGUUUGUGUCCCACAUCCUAAAGCCAUGAACAGGAGCAGCUUCCCAAUUCAAAAUGAACAGAACAGAACUGCCUGUUGCUUCAAAGAACAUUUUGAGAAAUGUGUUUCUUUGCUUUCUGCAGAGCGUCGGAUAAGAGGAUUGAUACCACUCUCAUAUCUGUGCGGUACAUAUGAAUCCACGGCUAGUUAGCUUAGCAUCAACACAGGAAACGAGGGACACAGCUAGCCUGCCAUGUCAGCGCGAGACAAACGAGAUGCAUCAUGUUAAUCCAUGAGCUUUGUAGGUGCGGGUCCGUGGAUUGUGUUCCACGGACCCACACCACCUCUGUGGUAUUGAUCUUCUUAUUUAGCUCUGUGCAUGAACGCAAAUAAGCGUAUUUUGCUCUGACUAUUUUUGGAUCCAAUGUAGAAGUAGUUCGUCCCUGACGCUCACAAACGUUUCGUGUAACCAGCCAAGACUGACACUUCAGCCAAGUCUUGAUCUGUCUCUCUAAUGCUCGUCAACACUAGACAGAAGAUAUGUAUUUAAACUGCGAAAUCACUUCUUUAUGAGAAGUUCACCUGUUUUAUUGUAUAUUUGUUUUUCGCCUCUUUGUCUAACGAAGCCGGGCGGAACCACACUGGACUGAAUUUUAUUUGAGCUGGUUUCAAAUACGACCCGGGGACGGUUUUAGUGAGUUAGCCGGCCUCUUCACCAGCUUCAGACCCGACGACCCAAUCACAGCUUGAACACUAUCAGCCACUGAAUCUACUGUUAAAGGAGACAUACGAGGCUUCUUCUGUUUUUCUUUCCUCUAGUGUGUUGUAUGGAUUUUUUUGUAACUGUAAAAAUUCUCAGUUCUGCAGUAAAGGAAGCCCCCCCCCCCUCCUCCACACACACAGCCUGGUCGACACUUCCUCUUCAUAGUGACAUAAUAAACACCCAGCAGCUAGAUUGGCACGCCCCCUAACAACGGCAGGUAGAGCAAGAGCAAGCAAGUUCCCACAUGUGCUGCAUUUCCUUGACCAAUCAGAGCAGACUGGUCUUCAUCAGGAGGGGGGGGGGUCUUAAAGAGACAGGAGCUAAAACCAAGUGCUUGAGACAGAGGCUGAAAAGAGGGGCUGCAGCGAUGGACAGUCUGAGGACAGUAAUAACACAAAUUAAAGUUAUCAACCUGAAUAUGUGGGAGGUUUUCACUCUUUAGCCAGCGCCCCCUAGAGGAGCAGGAGUAGAUGUACAGGUUUUUGAUGACUGAACGAGAGCUGUGCUACGAACAACACGGACGGCUCAGUUUCUCCGCUGAUCCCGUGUGAACCGACAGAAGAAUUUGUGCUAAAAUGUAAAAAACGUUCUACCAAAGUGAAUUCUGUCUCCGCAGGUGUUGAAGGGAACAUUUUCUCUUUUUCUUCACGUGUUUGGCUGCUGUUGUUUCAAGCAUCUCACACCAGGAAAUAUAAAACAUCUGUAAUAUGAACAUAUUUCCAUAUCAAGCUGUGGACACAGGCAUCACACAAAGUAAUGAGUUUAUCAGAUUAUCACAGGUGGUUGAACCCAACAUUUUGGAUCUCCUCUUCUUUAUUUUUAAAUAUUCUCCUCUUCUUUCCUUCCACUCUAACUACAGCAUUUUUUUUUUUUAUCUCCAAUUUCUACCUCUAUACUUAACUUUCUUUACAUCUUCUAUUAUUUCUUUUUGUUUCUCACACAUUGACAUCAGCGUUGUGGCCCUAACCGGCUUUAAAGAAGCUAUAACUGAUUCCUUUUUUUAAAAAAGUUAAUGUUGCACAAACAAAACUCCCCUGCACGGUGCAAACUACUGUAUGCAUACACACGUCUUUAACUAUCAUCUCAUUGUCCUUUUAUUUUGUCUUUUUUUUAAAUCUUGUUCACACAUGUAAUAUAGAGAAAUCAGACCCACUUGUUUUAUAUAUGUUAAUUUUUUUCUGUAAAGCCUUAGUCCUCGUAUUUGAUUUUAUUUUUGUAGAUAUGAUUAAAAAAAGAAAAGGAUGUAUAAAUUAUUUUCUUCGCCCUUGUUUUUAAAAUUGGUGAGAUUGUUAGCUGCACAGAAGGAAAAACGGAGCUCGUGUUUCAGAUUCAUGUGUUUUGUGAGAUUAAAAAGAAACUGGAUAAAGAAA